UAGAAUGGUAAAAGGUGAGGCUGGAGAGGCACGCAAGGGCCAGAUCUCACAGGGUCCUGUAGGCCAUGCUAGGGACUUUAGACUUCCUCCGGAGAUCUGUAAGGAGCCACUGGGAAGCAGAAGGGUAUGAGCAAAUUUGCAUCUCUGAAAGACCACACUGGUGGAGAAUGGACAGAAAAAGGGAAAUCAGAGAGUUGGGACACCAUUAAGGUGGCUGAUGCAGGGAUGCAGCAGGGAGAAUGAUGGUGCCCAGGACCACGAGUGGUGGCAUUGGGCAUGGAGAGUAGAUAGAGGGAAAAUGGAGAUAAAAAUCUACAGAACUUGGUGAUGGGCUUGGAUGUGGGGAUGUGGGGAUGAAGGCUGGGAGGAGUUAGAGGUGGCUAUCAGGGACCUCGUUUGUAUUGACUGAAUGGUUAGGUCAAUGAGUAGACAAGGGUACCAUUCACCAGGAUGAACAAACACAGGAGGAGAGGCUAUUUGGAGAGAGAUGAUGAGCUCAAUUUUGAACAUAUGUUUUAGUGCCUAUGGGACAUCCAAGUAGAGAAGUCCAAAAGGCAGUGGGCACAUGUGUUUGGGUCUCAGGGGUCUGGACUGGAGGUCCAGGUCUGGACUAGAGAUACAGAUUUGAGAAUCACUGGGGUAGAGGUGGUGGAAGGUAUAGGCGUGUUGGCAAGGGAGUGAAUAAGGACAAUCUUGGGUGGUUGCGUAGUAUAAGAGAAGAGCCAAAGAACAAACCAUGGGGCAAGUUAACUGCUCAGGAAGGGUGGAAGAAGAGGUAUCCAUGAAGGAGAUUGAGAAGGACCAACCAGACAGGUAACAGGGAAACCAAGAAAAUUACAAGGUCAUAUGUCACAGAAGCCAAAAAGCCAAAGGGAGAAUCCCAAGGAGGGAGCAGCCAUGGGUAAGCAGUUGGCAGGAAUCCAGUGGGGUCACCAUGGAGAAGUGUCCAGUGCACGCAGAGGAAUGGAAGGCACCAGUGACCGUGGCGAGAGCCAAGUCAAGGGAGUAGUGGGGUGGAGAAAUCAGCCUAGCGUGGAGUGAGAAGGCAGAGGGAGGUGGGGCGGGAGAGAAUGAAAAUUAGGCAACUCUAAGAACACAGCUGGAAGGGGAAGAGAGGUGGCAUCUGGAGAGGUUCUCAAAAGAUGGAGGGGGUGGUGGUUGGAGGAGUCUGUGGAAGGGAAGCGGAGAGAGUAGGGCAAAGGGAGUGCCUGGGGGAAGCUGUGGAGGGAGGUGAUAAGGGCCUAUGUCCCAGGGGACACUGUUCCCCGGCUCACAGGAGUCCCUAUCAGGCUGGCGUUUCCUCCCCAUCUCCAACCCCUUCCUGCCCCUGGCCAAACCCUCCCUGGGGCUGGAAGAGAGAAGGACCAGUCACACCCUGUAAGCAGCUCUGUGCCUUCGGAGGUCUUUCUGCACCUGCCUGUCCCCAUGCCUCUCCUGCUCUUGCUGCUCCUGCUGCCAAACCCCUUGCACCCCUGUGAGGUCACCAAAGUGACCAGCCAAGUAGAAGUGAACUGUGAUAACAAGCAGCUGACAGCAUUGCCUCCAGACCUGCCAAAAGACACAGCCAUCCUCCAACUGGGUGAGAACCCCUUGCACACCUUCUCCACGGCAUCCCUGGUGUCUUUCCCUCGCCUCACUCAGCUGCACCUACGUCAGUGCGAGCUGGCCAAGCUGCAGACGGAUGAGAAGCUGCCACUGCUGGAGACCCUGGAUAUAUCCCACAAUAAGCUGCAAAGCCUACCCCGGCUCGGGCCAGCACUGCCUGCUCUCAGGUCCCUGGACGUCUCCUUCAACCAGCUGACCUCGUUGUCUCCAGGUGCCCUGGAUGGCCUGAGCCAACUCCAUGAGCUCUACCUGCGUGACAAUAAGCUAAAGACUCUGCCUCCAGGACUCCUGGCACCCACACCCCACCUGAAGAAGCUCAAUCUAGCUAACAACGGGUUGGAAGAGCUGCCCUCUGGGCUCCUGGAUGGGUUGGAGGACCUGGACACUCUCUACCUCCAAGGGAACUCACUGAGCAUGAUACCGAAGGGCUUCUUUGGGACCCUCCUUCUGCCGUUUGCUUUUCUCCACGACAACCCCUGGCACUGCAACUGUGAGAUCCUCUAUUUCCGUGGCUGGCUGAAGAACAAUGCCCAGAAUGUCUACUUAUGGAAGGAGGGUAUGGAUGUCAAGGCCAUGACCCCCGAUGUGGCCAGUGUGAAGUGUUCUGAUGCAGGCAAGGUACCCAUCGAGAAGUUCCCAGGGAAGGACUGCCCCACCCUUGGUGAUGCGGAUGCCAUGGACUACGAUUACUAUACAGAAGAGAACACUGAGGGUGGUAAGGUGCAUACCACAAGGACUGUGGUCACCACAGCCCAUGUAACCCACUGGGGCCUACUCUACUCACAGUCUACUGCUUCUAUAGACAGCCAAAUGUCUUCCUUGCAUCCAGUACAAGAAUCCACUGAGACCCAGACUGCAUUCCCAACCAGAUGGAUCCCAGAUUCCACCACAUUCCCAACUACCACGACAUCCAUCGCAUUCUCCCAAACUCCAAAACCCACUAGUAAACCCACCAUAACCCCCUCCCUCCCAGAGCCCUCCACAGCCCCGACCACCCCAGAGCCCUCCACAGCCCCGACCACCCCAGAGCUCUCCACAGCCCCGAUGACCAGCCCAGAGCCCUCCACAGCCCCAACCACCCCAGAGCCCUCCACACCCCCGACCAGCCCAGAGCCCUCCACACCCCCAACCACCCCAGAGCCCUCCACACCCCCAACCACCCCAGAGCCCUCCACACCCCCAACCACCCCAGAGGCCACCACAACCUUGACCACCAGCCCAGAGCCCACCGCAGCCCUGACCACCACCCCAGAGCCCUCCACAGCCCCAAACCCCAUCAUAUUCUUAACUACCAUAGAACCCACCUCAUUCUCUACUACCUUAGAACCCAUCGUAACUAUCAUCCCUGAAUCUGUCCACCAUGGGGUGGCUCAAGGGAAUUUAGAUAGCUCCAGAAAUGGCCCUUUUCUUAACCCUGACUUUUGCUGCCUCCUCUCCCUGGGCUUCUAUGUCUUGGGUGUCCUCUGGCUCCUGUUUGCCUGUGUGGUGCUCAUCCUGCUGCUGACCUGGCUCCAGCGCGUGAAACCACAGGCCCUGGACAACGGCCUGGGUGCUGCUUUGGCCACAGCCACGCAAACCACACAUCUGGAGUUGCAGAGGGGAAGGCAAGUGAUGGUGCCCCGGGCCUGGCUGCUCUUCCUUCGAGGCUCACUGCCCACUUUCCGCUCCAGCCUCUUCCUGUGGAUCCGGCCUAAUGGCCGUGUGGGGCCUCUGGUAGCAGGACGGCGGCCCUCAGCUCUGAGUCAGGGUCGUGGUCAGGACCUGCUGGGCACAGUGGGCAUUCGGUACUCUGGCCACAGCCUCUGA